CCGUCUUCUCUCUCCUGACCCAGAGCUCGGGUUUCAGCCAGCCGCGGGCCUCUAAAUAUAAACGCGCUCUGGGUCCCGGAACACCUUCAGGGUCUUGCCGAGUUCCUCGCCUGCAGUCUCUCCCACAUCACCCAAAGCUCCUCCUUUCCAAGCGGGCUCUCUGAAGAAACUUCAGGCCCACGUUAGAGAAACAACUGGAGGGAAACACCAGUUCCCCUUUCAGGUGGUGGAUUCCCGGCCCCUGCCUCUCAGCUGCUGCGCGCAGCCUCAUCGGUGUUUCCUCUGGGGAGGCGAUGGCGUCGGUGCCGUCCGCUGGGUGCCUGCUGGCCAAGAACCAAUACUACCGAAAGUCCAGUGUUUCUUCAGUUAGUUCUUUUUCUGGCUCUGAUCCGGUUAACGUCAUAGAUCAUGACAAAUCCCAGCAAGGGUUACCCGAUGUAGCAGAAUCCACCUGGUGUUCUAAGUGGUUUUUCCAUUCUGAAUCUGUAACUUCAAAUGUAGGAGGAAAAGAUCUGUCUGCUAAAGGGUCAACCUGAAGGACAGAUAAGCAUUUUCACGGCUAAUCAUCUCUGUAUUCCAUUCAGUGAACAUGUUGUCAAUAGUUGAAUGUUUUCCACAGCAUUCACAGUUGAUUCUGACAAUCAAGAGGACUUGUUACACUACUGUGGAACUACAUACCCUUCAGCACUCAGGCUAUACCAGAUGAUUCUUCUGCAUUGUGAGAAGGCAAAACCUGCCUGAGAUCUCACUGAUGAGACAAGAUCACAACAUCUGUAGAUAGAGCAAAAACGGGCGCCAUUUUGCUCAUCAUUAAGAACAUCACUGCAGCAUUAUCAGCCACAGGGAGAGCAUUGGAAAAGUGCCCUUUGGAAGCACUCACCCUAUAAAGUGAAAAUAGUCUUCAAAAGAAGCUAUUCAUAAUAAAUAUUGAUUACCCAUAUUAUUUUUAUUGAAAAAAUUGUCGGACUCAUUUUUAUGUCUGCUGAAUGAUUUAGUAUGUCUUAAAACUGAAGCAGUUCUACUUAACCAUGAUAAUGGUCUUAAGGGCUUUGAACUCAGAGGUGGAGACAAAGAGUUGUGAAAAUCAUACUGUUAAUUGUGAAAGUAGGAAAUAAAAAUAUUCAUAAGGAAAGCUAAAUAGGGGAUGGUACAUCUAUACAAUUGGUUACUGUGUAAACCUUAGAAUUAAUUAUUUUAAAUAAUUUCUAACAACAUGGAAAAUUAUGAUGAUGCAAUUUUGAGUGAAAAAAGCAGGAUAACCCACUAUAUAUAGUAUGUGAUUUUCAUUGUAUUAAAAAGGUAUGUAUGCAUAAGAGUAGUUUGGAAGGAAAUACAUAAAUUGUUAACUGUGGCUAUUUCUGGAGAUGAUGGGAUUAUGGAUACUUUUCAUUUUCUCCAUUAUGUUUUUUCUGUAUUUUUUCAAUUUUUUAAUAUGACCAGUUUUCUGUGCAUAAUUAGAAAAUAAUAAAUGUUAUUAUAAAAAGCAA